CCAAACGCUGAAACUCGUCCUCGGAUGACCCGGCCAAGCUCUUGCAUCCAUUCUGAGCGUCUCGCAGCGGGAGAAGCUGCAUGGCGCCUCCGCUUGUUGUUGCAGCCGCAGCAGAAGUUGCAGCCGCCGUCCUCGGACCCGGUGCAGGCUUAAGGUCUGUCCUGCAGCCAGAAUUGAUCUUUGCAAAGCUGUGGUUUGCAAGCUCUUCAUCUCUGAUGUUACCUAUUGCUGGAUUUGUACCUUGCUCCCAAGAAACUAAAAGGUUUGCAUGAUGGAAUUUAAAUUUACACAAGAGAGGCUGCAUGUUUUAGAUCAAUACUGCUGACAUUUUCUACAUUUUGCUAUACCUGGUGUGGUCUUGAAUUUUUGCCUAAAGACAACAUAUAAUGGAUGUCAAGGAAAGCUGCCCAAGUGUUAGCAUCCCCAGCUCUGAUGAACACAGAGUGAAGAAAAAAAGAUUUACUGUUUACAAAGUUUUGGUCUCAGUUGGCAAUAAUGAAUGGUUCGUCUUCAGGCGAUAUGCUGAGUUUGAUAAACUGUAUAAUACACUAAGGAAACAAUUUCCCACUAUGAACUUGAAGAUUCCUGCUAAAAGAAUAUUUGGAGACAAUUUUGAUCCAGAUUUCAUUAAGCAGAGAAGAGCAGGGUUGAAUGAAUUCAUUCAGAAUUUAGUACGACAGCCAGAACUUUGCAACCACCCAGAUGUCCAAGCAUUUCUUCAGAUGAACAAUCCAAAGCACCAGUAUGAUCCAUCCGAAGAUGAAGAUGAAAGGAACAGUCAAAAGCUAAACUCUACCUCACAGAAUAUCAACCUGGGGCCAUCUGGAAAUCCUCAUGCUAAACCAACAGACUUUGACUUCCUGAGAGUUAUUGGGAAGGGCAGCUUUGGCAAGGUUCUUCUUGCAAAACGAAAACUGGAUGGGAAGUUCUAUGCCGUUAAAGUGCUGCAGAAAAAGAUUAUUCUCAACAGGAAAGAGCAAAAACAUAUUAUGGCUGAACGUAAUGUGCUGUUGAAAAAUGUGAAGCAUCCAUUUUUAGUUGGAUUGCAAUAUUCAUUCCAAACUACAGAGAAGCUUUACUUUGUUCUGGAUUUUGUUAAUGGAGGGGAGCUCUUCUUUCAUCUGCAAAAAGAGCGUUCCUUUCCUGAACACCGAGCCAGGUUUUAUGCUGCUGAAAUAGCCAGUGCAUUGGGUUACCUACACUCCAUAAACAUUGUAUACAGGGAUUUGAAGCCAGAGAAUAUCCUUCUAGAUUCACUGGGGCAUGUUGUCUUAACAGAUUUUGGGCUUUGUAAAGAAGGAAUUGCUGCUUCAGACACUACAGCAACAUUUUGUGGGACACCAGAGUACCUGGCCCCAGAGGUGAUCAGAAAGCAACCCUAUGACAACACAGUAGACUGGUGGUGCCUUGGUGCUGUUUUGUAUGAAAUGCUAUAUGGUCUGCCACCCUUUUACUGCCGUGAUGUUGCUGAGAUGUAUGAAAAUAUUCUCCACAAACCCCUACAUUUAAGGCCAGGCAUCAGUCUUACGGCUUGGUCUAUUCUGGAAGAACUUUUGGAGAAGGAGAGACAAAACAGACUUGGAGCUAGAGAAGAUUUUCUUGAAAUUCAGAGGCAUCCCUUCUUUGAAUCUCUCAGCUGGACUGACCUCGAACAAAAAAAGAUCCCACCACCGUUUAAUCCUAAUGUGUCUGGUCCAGAUGACAUCAGAAACUUUGACACAGCAUUUACAGAAGAAAUGGUACCCUGUUCAGUUUGCAUUUCUUCUGACUAUAAUAUUGUGAAUGCCAGUGUGCUGGAAGCAGAUGAUGCAUUCAUUGGAUUUUCUUAUGCACCACCUUCUGAAGACUUGUUUCACUAAGAUUUCUGGAUGCUAAGAAACACUUGCAAGUCAUCUUUAGAUAGACUGGAACGUUUUGAUUGUGAACAGAUUCAAAAAUAUGUGCAACUAGUGCCUCAUUUGAAAUGUUGAACAAACUUUUUCUGCUGUAAUAUGAGGAACCUGGGCAUUUUGGAUUACUUCCUUACGACUGUUACACCUGCUGUACAAAAAUACUUUUUGAACCAAUACCUUUAGUUAGCUAUUCUUAACUUUGACGCUCUGUAAGAAAGGACACUGACUGUUUUCCCCCAAGUUUACAUUGAUAGCUCCAAAUUGUCUGUCUUUCAAAGCAGCACACUUUCUCAUUUAAAGGCCUUUGUAAGCUAUCUAGUGACAUUGUGCUUGAAAUGUUACUAUGCAAAUAUUUUUGUAUAGCACUGUUUUUUAAAGAAGAUAAGCAUACUCUGCACAAUUUGUUUGCUUGUUCUUUAAGCCAAGGUGAUUUAUUGGUAUCACUUCUUCUUAACUCCAAGCAAGGAUCUGUAUAAUAUUGCCCACCUUUAGUUAUAAUGGGCCCAGAAUUGCAACCAUUACCACUUUACUCAAGUAAUUCGAUCCAUUCCAUUAGUGAAACCUAGAAAUGUGCUCUCUAGGUUAAAUAAAGGUGGAACAAAUUAGCCUUAAGUAUCUUUUUAUAACAAUGCUUCUCAUAAUGACUAUAACUUUUUUCCUCUUCUUGUAGAAGAUAAAUGGCUUUUUCCAAAGAAAUAUAUGAGGAAAAAAUGACUGCAUUUGUAGAAGGGAAAUUUCGUUCUUGUGUUUAGAAAACUAAUAUAUUUCAAUUUGAUUGUAUUAAAAUUCAUACUUUCAUGAGAUCUA